AUGCAUCGCUUCGCAAGUAAAUUAUCAACAACUGUCAGUUACAAAGCUACUGCAGGAUUUCACACCUCUGCUGUGAGUGCAGCCAUUACUCGUUUCAAUUUACCUGCCAUGAGUCCUACCAUGACAGAAGGUACUAUUCACAAGUGGAUGAAGAAGGAGGGUGAUUCCUUUGCUGCUGGCGAUGUGCUUUUGGAACUCGAGACUGACAAAGCUCAAAUUGAUGUCGAAGCUGCCGAGGAUGGUGUUUUAGCCAAGAUUGUUCUUCAAAAUGGUAAAAAGGGAUCUGUCAACAGCUUAAUUGCUCUCAUUGCUGAAGAAGGUGAUGAUAUCUCCAAUGUUGAGAUCCCCGCAGAAGAAGAAUCUUCAUCUACCCCAGCUGCUGCUGCUGCUGCUGAAGAGGAGAAGCCUACUAGCACAUCUGCUCCUACACCUACUGCAUCACCCAUCUCUCACCACGAUAUUGACACUAGCAAGCUCAAGAAGCCAUUGUCUCCUGCUGUUUUAAGUUUGGUGUUGAAAUACGGUAUCAAGGAUGUUGACAGCAUCAAGGCAUCCGGUAACGGUGGCCGAAUCUUGAAGGGCGAUGUUCUCGCUCACCUUGGUCUUAUCAAGCCCAAGCCUGCACCCAAGGCUACUCUCAGUAUUGCACCUCCUAGAGAUCAAAUUGUAUUUGCCAAGACUGAGAAAAAGCAGGAUAAGAAGGAAGUCGCUCCUCCCCUCCCUACAUUCAUCAGCAAACAAGUUGUAGUCGACGAUCUCUUCAGCUUGCGCCAAUCAUUGAACGAACAACAUGGUACACAUGUCAGCAUUAACGAUUUCAUUGCAAAGGCAGCUGAACGUGCUUUGCAAGAUGUCACAGCCAACAAGAUCAAUGCAGUUGGUGUUAAGAACCCUAUUAUUUAUAAAUCCUCUCCUUUAUCCUUCUCCGAGAAAUACACAGGUGGACAAUUCAAGGUUUUCAAUUUAACUGAACCUACUUAUGACUUUAUUACAGACUCGUAUCAAAAUUCCAAGCCUUAUGUCAUGCAAGUAAGCGGCUAUCAACGUAUUGUAUCACAGCAGAAGAAGCGUUCAUCAGAUCAUGAAAUGCUUGAUUUGAUCGACUACCUUGGCGGUGCUUCAAGAAAGCAAGAGCCUCGUCGUAUUCAACUCUCGACGAAAAAUGCCAAAUUAGAUUUCACUCAACAACCAAAGCAAACACAUGCCGUUGAAAUCAAAUUAGACGGCGGCAAGCCAGGAAAGAUCUUGAAUGAUCAAAAGGCAAAUGCUUUCCUUGAAAGAGUUGAAUUUUAUGUUAGAAAUCCUAGCGAAUUAGUGUUAUAA